GAAAACAACUGGGCCAGGAAUGUACCAUUAAUCAACAGUGUGAACUCGACAACAGACAUUCACAUUGUGUGAGUGACAUAUGUACCUGCAAAGAAGGUUUCUUUCACGUUCAAGACAUCAACGGCACCGUAUGUCUGAAGGGAAGUUUCGUGGAUGUUGAAGAUGUGACCGAAGCCUCAGGGGAACGAACUACCGAUGUACAGACGAAGAUGAUUCCCAUCAUUGUGGCCUUGGGGGUGAUGUUCGUCGGUAUCUGUGUAGCUAUGCAUUUAUUCAGCAAAGCCAGAUUCCGGAAUCAACGGACAAUAUUCAAUUCACCUCAUCCUCGUCUGAUGCAUAUCAAAGUUAGCCGGAAUCAGAAAAGCAGCAAGCGCCGGACAAGCCACACGAGCCUUCAAGUUCAUGAGUGUCGCCAAGCAAGCUUGAGUGCUCAAGUUUCGCCCAACACUUCACGCUUUGAAACUCAACAGGGAAGCCAAGAGCCUCUUAAUCCCUCGAGCAAGAGUACUGGCAGUAGCCUAAUGGGAAGUCCCACAUCGCAACCUGGAUCGUCUUUUAGCAGCAAUACUGUGAAAAAGGUUUCUGCUGAAGGGGAAGUUAAAAAGACCAAGGUGGACCUAGAACCACUUAGACUUAGCUACACCGCCGUGCCAACCGGACCCAGUUCGCCAACCGUUAUUAUUUCUAACAGGAGAGGUUCCACCAUCUUGGACAAUGACUCGUCCGACCUGAAUCAUGUCUGAACAACUCAGUACUCACUACUGUAUUUAUCUCUGUGAAGACUUUUCCACCACCCUGUAAUGAUUCAUCCCGAAGAUCGUCAGAAUUAACCUGUCAUACGCAUAUCUUUGUUGAUUUCUGUACAAUUACCACCGAGAGAUCCAGACUGAAACGCGUCAUCUUAUCUCCUGUGCGUAAUGUUUUCCAGAUCCUCUCUAACACCAUAAAAUCUAAGCUGGAUAUAAUAUUAUCCAAAGUUUCUAACUGGUAAAAUCAUAGUAAAAAUGUAUGUUAUUAGCAGUUCUCUU